AUGCGGGCCGUUAUAAUUGGCGGUCUCAACGCGCGCAGCAAUCAUCAUCAACCACCUCCACCCAAAAACAACCCAACCACGUCAACCACGAGAACGAGAAACCUCCAAACAAAACGGAACCCCAAUGUUACUACGACUCCGGCUCGACCGUUACCGUCACCAAAACAACCCCAGCCUAAGUCUUCAGAUCGCCCGCCUUUACAGUCUCGAGACAAUAAUGCCAUGAUGCGAGGCUCACAAAAGGGAGGCCUAUCGACCAGGAGCGGUAUCUCGAGUGAUAACAAACCUGCCUCGAGGCCCCUUUUGCCAACACUGAGUGCCUCUUCCAAAGCACCCAAUCGCCCUCCGUUGACUCCUCGGGUGGCCGUUUCUUCUACCACAGGAGCACCAGCAUCCUCUUUACGACGAACACCACGUCCAAUUGUCCGCAGCCACACCCCCGAUUCCUCUAAAGAGGAGCUCCCGACGCCCCUCUCCUCCUAUCUCACCAACAAUAUCACACCGAGGUCUGGACCAAGGAAAGUUCGAGUUGACGGCGGCAGUGCCAAUACAACACCCACCGGUACACCCACCGGGACACCUGGGUUUCCACCCACGAAUGAUUCAUUUCGAGCUGCUCAAGAUGCUACAAUGCAGGUACCUGGGCUUGGUAUAUCCGCAAUGGAUAAAGAUAUGCCAAAGCGGUCAACGGUCUCUUUCAGCACAGCCGGAUCAGAAGUAGGGGGUUACAAAAGGAGCCCCAAUGCAGCAUCAGCAGAUUCGAAAUUCUUCUUCGCCAGUGACGCCAAACCCACACAGGCAGCUAGAUCGGGCGUGCCGUCUAAUAAGCCAUCAUCGAAAUUCUUCCAUGCCAAUGGCGAAUCCAUACCGCCUGCACAAAGUACAGGCGGUUCUGUGGUUGGGUCAAAUGUGGGGGAAGAGAAGCCUCAGCCAAAAUUCUUCCACGCAAACGGCACUCCAGAUCUCCAGCUGUCACCCUCACCAAGCUUUGCACCCUCUCGGCCAGUUUCUGUUGUUUCUAACCACUCUCGCAUGCCGCUGAGUAGAGCUACGACAUUCAGUUCCGGUACUUUUUCUCCACCCCAGAGAACGGCCCCCCCUGCAAAACCCCAGCAUGCCAAUAUACCAUCUCAACGAAGCACCCCCACUUUGCAAGCGGCAGUAGUUCCCCGACCACAAGCCGGAGGACGUGGUCAAUCAGCAAACAGUGUGGUCGCGAAUCGAAGAAGCCUUGAGUACCCAAGGGUGGUCAGUCAUGGACGUUCAGCGAGCCUGGGCUCGGGGCCGCCAUCCAGGAAGAAUUCGGUAUCUAGUCCACUGGAGGUCACAUCGCCAGUAACGCCUGCACACAUAAUUCCGGCCGGCCUUGUUUCUACGCCCGAGGAGACUCCAGAAACAAGCUCAGUGGAUGAUGCUACAUCCGAACACUCAGAAAGCCUGCAGAGUCCAGAGGGUUCGCAGAGCCUCAUAAAGGUUGGACAGACGCUGGAACAGCUGAAUGAGCUUGCAGCAAACGCACGACGGGAAAGAAAAGUACUUGAUCUUGAAAUCACAAAUUCUUCUCUAGAGGCAAUCAACAGAACUUUGGAGAGAGAGAUGCGCAAGCAAACAGCCGAACUACGACGGUUCAGACGACUCAGCAGAUCCGGGCGUUUAUCAAUUGCCCCGGCUUCCUUACGAACCUCGAUGGAUACUCUCUCAGUAAUCGGAGAGAGUAUAGACGGCGCGUCACUCUCCGGCUUGAGUGAAGAUGAAGACCUUGACCAUGACGAACCCGAAGAAGAAGAAGGCUAUUCUGACACUUCUGAAUCUAUGGACGAUGGCCCACUCAGCCCGGCUGCGAUGGCCGAAAGUGAUUUGAGGCACAGAAAGAAAGAUGAAAAGAGAUUACAGCUGGAUCUAAGCAAACACCAACAACUACUUACUGACAGCCAGAGAAUGAACCAGAGUUUAAAGCGUUGUUUAGGCUGGACCGAGGCGCUGAUUGACGAAGGGAAAAAGGCUUUGGAGUACCGCGUAAUACCGGGUGAUGUAGAAUUGGGAGGAAGAGUGUUGACGCAGGAUGAAAUUGAGCAGCAAGAGGUCGAGGUUGAGGUCGAUAAUGAGGGGAUGAGCAGUAUAGGGGCGCGGAUGCUGAGAGAAGCGAGGCAGAAAGCAGCUGCAAAUGCUGCGGCGUCGUGGGGCGGCGAGGGUAAAGACGAUAGGGAUAGCGGCAUAGAAAUCGAUGGCACCCAGCGGGAGGCACUUAGAGUCUCUUUCGGAUCACCAAUACUUCAAUGA